AUGUUUAUCGAGGCCUCCCACAUGGUAUAUGGACAAAAAACACACCUCUUGUCCCAGCCCUUGAGAGGCGUCCCUGGGAAGCACUGCUUGACUUUCUUCUACCACAUGUAUGGAGCAGGAACUGGCCUGCUGAGCAUUUUUCUGAAAACAGAGGAAGAACAUAAAGAGACCCUGCUGUGGAGAAGGCGUGGGGAGCAAAGCAUCUCCUGGCUGCGGGCGCUGGUAGAAUACAGCUGCAGGAGGCAACACCAGAUCAUUUUUGAAGCUAUUCGGGGAGUGUCAAUAAGAAGUGAUAUUGCCAUUGAUGAUGUUAAAUUUCAGGCAGGACCAUGUACAGAAAUGGAAGAUACAACUCAACAAUCAUCAGGAUAUUCUGAAGACUUAAAUGAAAUUGAGUAUUAAGAAAUUAUCUAAAUUGGAUCAAAUACACAAAAUUUGUGCCUCUCUUCAAUCAAAGUGAAAACAGAAGAAAUGAAUACCGGAUAUUCUUAACUAUUGCAUAAGUUGAAAUGACUUCAGAAUACCCCCUUUCAUUACUUUUGAAAACGAGAGAGAGAGAGAGAGAGAGAGAGAGAGAGAGAG